AUGAAUCUCGCCUGCCUGAUCCUCCCUUUCCUGCUGCAGAGCUGCUUUCUCUUGAGAAGGGUCCUCGCCCAGGGGACAGAAAUCUCCAAGAAUGGCGUCGCUUUCCAAGAUUGCCCCGUGGAUUUGUUUUUUGUCCUGGAUACCUCGGAAAGUGUUGCCUUAAGGGAAAAGCCGUUUGGAGCCUUGGUCGACAAGAUCACAGAGUUCACCAACCUUUUCAUUGAUAGAUUAAAUGAGAGAUAUUAUCGGUGUGACCGAAAUCUGGUGUGGAACGCUGGUGCCCUGCAUUACAGCGAUGUGGUCGAAGUGAUCAAGGGGCUCACCCGUUUGCCCGACGGGCGGGAGGACCUGAAGAAGCGAGUGUCCUCCGUGAUUUCUAUCGGGAAAGGCACCUACACGGACUGUGCCAUCAAGAGAGGGAUUGAAGAGCUACUCAUUGGGGGAUCUCAUCAGAAGGAAAAUAAAUAUCUGGUUGUGGUGACAGACGGCCAUCCCUGGGACGGCUACAAAGAGCCCUGCGGAGGGCUAGAAGAUGCUGUCAAUGAAGCCAGGCACCUGGGGAUCAAAGUGUUCUCCAUCGCCAUCUCUCCAAACCAUCUGGAAUCCAGGCUGAGUAUCAUCGCCACAGACCACAGUUAUCGUCGCAACUUUACGGCAACCGCAUCUCCGCAGGCGCUUGAGAAAACGAUCGACACCAUCACUGACAUGAUUAUGGAGAAUGUGGAGCACCAGUGCUGCUCCUACGAAUGCCAGCCCGCCCGAGGCCCCCCGGGACCCUCUGGAGAUGCCGGAUAUGAGGGAGAAAGAGGGAAGCCUGGUCUGCCGGGUGAAAAAGGAGACGCUGGAGAGCCUGGGAAGCAAGGUGACCCUGGACCUGUUGGUUACCAAGGGAUGAAGGGAGAAAAAGGAGGCCGAGGUGACAAGGGCUCUAGAGGUGCCAAAGGAUCCAAGGGGGAGAAGGGCAAGCAUGGCAUUGAUGGCAUUGAUGGAAGGAAGGGCGAAGCUGGAUUUCAUGGAUUACCUGGAUGCAAAGGAUCCCCUGGAUUUGAUGGCCUACGAGGACCUCCUGGACCAAAGGGCGACCCCGGUCCUUACGGGCCCAAAGGAGUACUGGGAGAUCCUGGGUUUGAUGGGAAAGCAGGCAGGCCUGGAAAUACUGGAGUCCCUGGAGAAAAGGGUCAGCCGGGAAGCUCUGGAGGCGCUGGAGAGAAAGGAGAGAUGGGAGAUGAGGGAAAUCCUGGCCCAGAUGGCCCCGCCGGAGAGAGGGGCGCCAAUGGAGAAAGGGGGCCGCUAGGUAUCCCAGGAGUCCGUGGACCGAGAGGAGACAAGGGUGAACCAGGACCACAGGGUGAUCAAGGCCGUGAAGGACCAUUUGGACCACCUGGAGAACCAGGUGAGGCUGGCCCAGCUGGACCUAAGGGGUACAGAGGAGACGAAGGGUCUCCCGGACCAGAGGGCCCCAAAGGACCUCUUGGGCCACCUGGAUUACCUGGAGAUGCUGGCUUGAUGGGCGAACGGGGAGAAGAUGGGGCCCCGGGCAACGGCACAGAUGGAUUCCCUGGCUUCCCAGGAUAUCCUGGCAACAGGGGUGAUUCUGGAGUUAACGGCACCAAAGGCUAUCCUGGUCCAAAAGGUGAUGAUGGAGAGAUUGGAGACCCAGGAGACGAAGAUGGAGCAAUUACUCUCCCAGGCCUGAAAGGAGCAAAGGGUUACAGAGGUCCAGAGGGCCUCCCUGGACCUCCGGGACCUGCUGGCCCUCCGGGACCAGAUGAAUGUGAAAUUUUAGAUAUCAUCAUGAAAAUGUGUUCGUGCUGUGAAUGCAAGUGUGGGCCUGUUGACGUUCUCUUCGUGCUGGACAGUUCCGAGAGUAUCGGCCUACAAAACUUCCAGAUUGCGAAGGAUUUCAUCGUGAAGGUCAUCGACAGGCUGAGCAGCGACGAACACGUGAGGUUUGACCCCGGGGAGUCACGCGUUGGUGUUGUGCAGUACAGCCAUGACAACACUCAGGAGCUGGUCGCCAUGGGAGAUGCCAACAUCAACAACAUUGGACAACUUAAAGAGGCUGUGAAGAACUUGCACUGGAUCGCUGGUGGCACUUAUACCGGGGAGGCCCUGGAGUUCACCAAGGAGCACUUGCUGCGACGGUUUUCCUCUGACAACCGAGUGGCCAUUGUUAUAACAGAUGGGCGGUCUGACACCCUUCGGGACCCAGUACCACUGAAUGCGCUCUGUGAAGCCAAUACCCAGGUGUACCCCUUGGGUAUCGGCGAUAUUUUCCACGCUCCUCCAAACCCCGAGCAAUUAUCAAGUAUUGCCUGUUCGGGAUCGGGAAUAUCUAUUCUGCGAGAAAGCUACGCAGAGCUUCUGGAUGACAAUUUCCUGCAGAACAUUACCUCUUACGUCUGCAAAGAAAAGAAAUGCCCGGACUACACAUGCCCAAUCUCCUUUGACGGCCCAGCCGAUAUCACCCUCCUGGUGGAUAGUUCUACCAGCGUCGGGAGCCGUAACUUCAAUACCACCAAGAAAUUUGUGAAGCGCCUGGCCGAGCGGUUCCUGACAGCAGCCAAACCUGCAGAUGACUCGGUGCGCAUUUCAGUCGUCCAGUACAGCGGCACAGCUCAGCAGAAAAUGGAGGCGCGUUUCGAGCACAACUACACCGUGAUUGCCGAGGCCAUCGACAACAUGCAAUUCAUGAACGAUGCCACAGACGUGACUGCCGCUCUCAACUACGUCACCAACCUGUACCGGCCGCCUCCUCGCAGAGGGGCGAAAAACAGGGUCUUGGUCUUCUCCGACGGCAACUCUCAAGGCAUCACCGGAAGCGCCAUCGAGAGGGCGGUCCAAGAAGCUCGUCAGCAGGGUCUUGAGAUCUUCGUCCUGGCUGUUGGCACUCAAGCCAAUGAGCCAAAUUUACGUGUACUCGUGACUGGAAAAACCACCAAGUAUGACGUGGCCUACGGGGAGAGCCACCUUUUCCGAGUGCCAGAUUACAACUCUCUGCUGAGGGGCGUCUUCUAUCAAACUGUUUCCAGGAAAGUAGCUGUCAACUGAGUCGGCGGAAUG